AUGGGUGAAAUAUUAGGACGAGGGGGUGAAGCUCUUGGUGAAAUAAUAGAACGAGGUGGUGAAGCUAUUGGUGAAAUAAUAGGACGAGGUGGUGAAGCUAUUGGUGAGAUAAUUGGACGAGGAGGUAAAGCUAUGGGUGAAAUAUUAGGACGAGGGGGUGAAGCUCUUGGCGAAAUAAUAGGACGAGGCGGUGAAGCUAUUGGUGAGAUAAUUGGACGAGGAGGUGAAGCUAUUGGUGAGAUAAUUGGACGAGGAGGUGAAGCUAUUGGUGAGAUAAUUGGACGAGGAGGUGCAGCUAUGGGUGAAAUAUUAGGACGAGGGGGUGAAGCUCUUGGUGAAAUAAUAGGACGAGGUGGUGAAGCUAUUGGUGAGAUAAUUGGACGAGGAGGUAAAGCUAUGGGUGAAAUAUUAGGACGAGGGGGUGGAGCUCUUGGUGAAAUAAUAGGACGAGGCGGUGAAGCUAUUGGUGAGAUAAUUGGACGAGGAGGUGCAGCUAUGGGUGAAAUAUUAGGACGAGGUGGUGAAGCAAUGGGUGAAAUAUUAGGACGAGGAGGUGAAGCUAUAGGUGAAAUAUUAGGACGAGGGGGUGAAGCUCUUGGUGAAAUAAUAGGACGAGGCGGUGAAGCUAUUGGUGAGAUAAUUGGACGCGAAUCAGGCGACUCUAUGGGUGAAAUAUUAGGACGAGGUGGUGAAGCUAUGGGCGAAAUAUUGGGACGAGGCGGUGAGGCUACUGGUGAGAUAAUUGGACGCGGAGGUGAAGCUAUGGGUGAAAUAUUAGGACGAGGUGGUAAAGCUAUGGGAGAAAUAUUGGGUCGAGGUGGUGAAGCUAUCGGUGAAAUAGUGGGACGAGGGGGUAAAGAUAUUGGUGAGAUAUUUGGACGAGGUGGCGAAGCAAUGGGUGAAAUAUUUGGGCGAGGUGGUGAAGCUAUGGGUGAAAUAUUAGGACGAGGUGGUAAAGCUAUAGGUGAAAUAUUAGGACGAGGGGGUGAAGCUAUUGGUGAAAUAUUUGGACGGGGUGGUAAAGCUACAGGCGAAAUAUCGAGGUGA